AUGACGGGCAAAAAAUAUUUUCCUCAGUACUCUCUUGUCGAUGGAGCCGAUGACGAGGUUGCAAAACUUCUCCAUAGGAGUAAAGAAACAAGGCCUCAUCCAAAAUCUCGCUUCCUUCACGUAUCUCUGUGGCUCAUACAUGGUGUGCUGAUAUUCAUAACGCUACUCUUCUUCACGCUAUGGGCAUGGGCACCUUCGAAGGACGACAUACUCCUGUAUUCUCCAGCAAACGAAGCUAUUGAAUCUAUAGGCAUUGUGAGAUUCAACGGAACUUGGGAUCGUCCUUCGCCGUAUCGCGGCAGUCCGUCUCCAGAUGUCGAAGCAGCUUGGGAUAGAGUAACUGCCGAUGGGCGCCUAAUGUCUAUAACGCCCGAACAACUACUCGCAAUAGGUGAAGAACCCGCCCCAUUCAUGGCUAUGUGUCCGGAAGAGUACGGCGGAAAUUAUCUGGCGACAGUAGAGGUCAUUCACCAGCUCCAUUGCAUAAACAUGGUUCGCCAAUCCACUUGGGGUGACCAUUACACAGCAAACGAUUCUGACUUCAUCAAAAAUCCUAGCAGAUGGCUCAUCCAUCUUGAUCACUGCAUCGAAAUUCUCAGACAGGUCAUCAUGUGCCACUCUGAUGUAACAAUGGUUACUUAUGAUUGGGUUGAGGGACUCGAUGAUCCUUACCCAAACUUCAGUGUCCCUCAUCAAUGUAGGGACGUCGAGAAGAUCUUGGAUUGGAUAGAUGUACAUCGUGUUCACCUCCCCUCGUCCAAGUUGGUCCGCCUAGAGGGUAAUGUUGACCUCCCUUCCCCCCCUUAA